UCAGCUCGUCUGGUGCAUUUCGGGUAAAAAGGGCGGAGACCAGGGCUGGGAAGGUCCACUCAGCUCUGAUCAGGGGCAUGACGGGAAAGAAAGCGGAGAUCUGGGCUGCACACGCGCCGUUUGCCGGGAGUUGUUUCCCGAUGGAUCAGGGGUCCAACUAUUCAUUGCCAAGAAGAAAUUUAUUAGUUUUAAACUGAGGAACACCUCUACAUAAAAAAGUAGAAUGAAAGAACCUUUGGAUGGUAAAUGUGGCAAAGCAAUGGCCCCACAGCAGAAGCUUCUGGAUAAAAUUAAAGAAGAACCUGACAAUGCUGCAGAGUAUGCACAUGCCCAACAGCCAAAACCUCAAGGAAGUGAACUGAAAAUCAGUGCUGUAUUUUCAGUUAACCAAAGUCCUCUGGCUCAACAGUUGACCCCAGGCUUUCAACUUUCUCUCCCAUCAUCUGCCCCAAAUAUAUUGUUUCCUUCAGUUCCAGCUAUAGCUAUUCAAGUUUUUUGUUCUGGUUGUAAAAAAAUGCUUUAUAAGGGGCAAACUGCAUAUCACAAGACAGGAUCUACUCAGCUCUUCUGUUCUACACGAUGCAUCACUGGAUUUUCUUCACCUGUCUGCCUGCAACCUCCUCCCAAGAAAACCUGCACAAACUGUUCCAAAGACAUUUUAAAUCCAAAGGAUGUGAUCACAACCCAAUUUGAAAAUUCCUCUGCUAGCAAAGAUUUCUGCAGUCAGUCAUGUCUGUCUUCUUAUGAGCUAAAGAAAAAACCUGUUGUUAGCAUAUAUACCAAUAGUAUUUCAACUAAGUGCAGUAUGUGUCAAAAAAAUGCUGAUACUCGAUUUGAAGUUAUGUAUGAAAAUGGGGUACAUGGUCUUUGUAGUGAUGCUUGUUUUUCAAAAUUUCAUUCCACCAACAACCUAACCAUGAACUGUUGUGAGAACUGCGGGAGCUAUUGCUAUAGUAGCUGUGGACCUAGCCAAUCCCAGAAGGUUUUUAGUUCAACAAGUUUCAUGGCAUAUAAGCAGAAUUCAGCCCAAAUGCCUCCAUAUGCCCUGGGGAAAUCAUUGAGGCCCUCAGCUGAAAUGAUUGAGACUACAAAUGACUCAGGAAAAACAGAGCUUUUCUGCUCUAUUAAUUGUUUAUCUGCAUACAGAGUUAAAACUGUCACUUCUUCAGGUGUCCAGGUUUCCUGUCAUAGUUGUAAAACCUCAGCAAUUCCUCAGUACCACCUAGCUAUGUCAAAUGGAACUAUAUACAGCUUCUGCAGCUCCAGUUGUGUAGUGGCUUUCCAGAAUGUAUUUAACAAGCCAAAAGGAACAAACUCUUCAGCAGCACUCCCACCUCAAGGUCAAGUGAUUGUGAGCACGCCCUCCAGGUCAGCGGUGUCAGCAGGAGGAGGUGGCACCUCUUCCUCCAGUUCUGUUAGUGGUGCUGCCCCAGCUGGCCUCCAGACUCUAGCUGAACAAUCCCAGCAGACUUGCUCUGAUGAAUACAAAAAGAAAAAUAAAGUUAUGGCAAUGUGUGACUACUGUAAACUGCAGAAAAUUAUAAAGGAGACUGUGCGAUUCUCAGGAGUUGAUAAGCCAUUCUGUAGUGAAGUUUGCAAAUUCCUCUCUGCUCGAGACUUUGGAGAACGAUGGGGAAACUACUGUAAGAUGUGUAGUUAUUGUUCACAGACAUCCCCAAACUUGGUAGAAAAUCGAUUGGAGGGAAAAUUAGAAGAGUUUUGUUGUGAAGAGUGCAUGUCCAAAUUUACAGUCCUUUUUUAUCAGAUGGCCAAGUGUGAUGGUUGUAAUCGUCAGGGUAAGCUAAGUGAGUCCAUAAAAUGGCGAGGCAAUAUCAAACAUUUCUGUAACCUAUUUUGUGUCUUGAAGUUUUGUCAUCAACAAAGUAUGAAUGAUCUUUUUCUCAUGUGGAAUAUUUCUAUAACUCACCAAUUUAAACUGUGUUACCAGAAAACUGCACAGUCAGAUGCCAUGAAAUGUCUGUCUUCUCAGUCUUCUCAGCUUCCUAAGCUUCUAAAGAACAAAGGUAUAUUAUGCAAACCUGUCACACAGACCAAGGCCAUCUCUUGCAAACCACAUACCCAACACAAGGAAUGUCAGACAGAUUUACCUAUGCUUAAUGAGAAAAGUGAUGCAGAGUUUAAUGCUCCACCUGCAAAGAAAAAGAGAAUAGGGUUUUUCCACACUUAUGAUGCAGAAUAUUUAAAAGUUGGUUUUAUUAUCUGUCCUGGAUCAAAAGAGAGCUCACCAAGACCACAGUGUGUCAUUUGUGGAGAAAUUUUACCCAGUGAAAACAUGAAGCCAGCAAAUCUUUCUCAUCAUUUGAAGACAAAACAUUCAGAAUUAGAAGACAAGCCAGUAGAUUUUUUUGAACAGAAAUCUCUUGAAAUGGAAUGUCAAAACAGUUCUUUAAAAAAGUGUUUACUAGUUGAAAAGUCACUUGUGAAAGCUUCUUAUUUAAUUGCUUUCCAAAUUGCUGCCAGCAAGAAGCCAUUCUCCAUUGCAGAAGAAUUAAUUAAACCAUAUUUAGUAGAAAUGUGUUCAGAGGUUUUGGGUUCAAGUGCUGGAGACAAAAUGCAAACCAUUCCUCUUUCUAAUAAUACAAUUGGAUACAGGAUUGAUGAACUAUCUGCAGACAUUGAAGACCAGCUGAUUCACAAGGUCAGAGAGUCAAAGUGGUUUGCCCUUCAGAUAGAUGAGUCAUCAGAAUUCUCUGCUGUGACCCUUCUGUUAUGCUAUAUUCGUUUCAUUGAUUAUGAUUGUAGUGAUAUAAAAGAAGAAUUAUUAUUUUGCAUUGAAAUGUCUUCUCAAAUCACUGGUUUUAAAAUAUUUGAACUAAUAAAUAAAUAUAUUGAUAGUAAAUCUCUGAACUGGAAAUACUGUGUUGGUCUCUGUACUGAUGGUGCUGCAAGUAUGACUGACAGAUGUUCUGGCUUAAGGGCAAAAGUUCAAGAAGUUGCUAUGAAUUCAGUGGCAUUUACACAUUGUUUUAUUCAUCGUGAACAUUUAGCAGCUGAAAAGUUGUCUCUGUGCUUACAUGAAAUUCUUUUGCAGUCAGCACAAAUUUUAAAUUUUGUAAAGAGCAAUGCAUUGAAUUCACGAAUGCUAACAAUUUUGUGUGAUGAGAUGGGAUCUGAGCACGUGAAUUUACCUCUUCGUGCUGAAGUAGGUUGGAUGUCACGAGGAAGAAUUUUAACAAGAUUAUUUGAAUUACGACAUGAAAUGGAAAUAUUUUUAAAUCAAAAGCAUUCAGAUUUGGCCAAGUACUUUCAUGAUGAGGAAUGGAUUGCAAAGCUGGCCUAUUUAGCAGAUAUAUUUUCACUUAUAAAUGAAUUAAAUUCAAGUCUCCAAGGAACCAUGACUACUUGCUUCAGUUUAUGUGACAAAAUUGAUGUAUUUAAGAAAAAGUUAAAGAUGUGGUUGAAGCGCACACAAGAGAAUGAUUAUGACAUGUUCCCUUCAUUUUCUGAAUUCUCAAACUCAUCAGACUUGAAUGUGAAAAAUCUCAGAAGCAUUAUUUUUGAGCACCUGAAAGGACUUUCUCAAAUGUUCCAUGACUGUCACCCACCAGAGGAUGAUUUGCGUUCAGGGAAUCUGUGGGUAAUUAAUCCUUUUAUGAAUCACCAAAAUAAUAAUCUCACUGACUUUGAAGAAGAGAAACUAACACAGUUAUCUUCAGAUUUAGGAUUACAAUCAGUAUUUAAGUCAAUGUCUAUAACUCAGUUUUGGAUAAAUGCAAAAACAAGUUAUCCAGAACUCCAUGAAAAGGCAGUGAAAGUUUUAUUGCCUUUUUCAACUGUUUAUUUGUGUGAUGCUACAUUUUCAGCUUUGACAGAGUCAAAACAAAGAAACCUCUUGGUUUCUGGCCCUGCCUUAAGACUUGCAGUCACAUCAUUAAUUCCAAGGAUAGAAAAACUAGUAAAAGAGAAAGAAUAGCAACAUGCAUAUUGCUGAUAUCAUCAAAGUCUAUAAUUUUGUGUUAAAGUUUGUAUAAAUAUGCUAAAAUAUAAUUUCCUAAUGUGAAUUUGUUUGUGGAUUUGCGAUUAAAUAAGUGCUUUAAUAAAUUUUCCCUUUUCAUGGAGA